UAAAUGAAACUUUUUUUCCUUUUCUUUUUUCGUGUAAACGGGAUUAUAAAUUUUCAGAUCCCAAAUAAUUGCCGUAAUGGCUGCUCCGACAUACCUCCACUCCACCGCCCUCACUCACACACUCCUCCCCUUCCUCCGCCCCCUAUCCCGCCGUGCUGGUUCCUUCACCCCGUCUUCUCGCGGCCACAAGCUUGCGGUCCGACCAGUACUUGCGCAGGCACGGCGGAGCUCCUCUCCCGUAGCUAAAGUUGAACAAGUAGCUUCUCCCUCUGAUUUGCUAUUUAAGGGACCUCUUGAAAUAAUUAAGUAUCCGGACCCCAUUUUGAGAGCAAAGAACAAGCGAGUUGCCUCGUUUGAUGAGAACUUGAAGAGGCUUGUUGACGAGAUGUUCGACAUAAUGUACAUAACUGAUGGCAUGGGGCUCUCAGCGCCUCAAGUUGGGAUUAACGUUCAGCUCAUGGUGUUUAAUCCAGCUGGUGAGCGUGGUACAGGAGAAGAGAUUGUUCUCGUAAAUCCACAAAUCAAGAGAUACUCAAGAAAGAUAGUACCUUUUGAAGAGGGUUGUCUAUCAUUCCCUAAUAUUUAUGCUGAUGUCAAGAGACCAGACUCGUUGAAGGUUGAUGCACAGGAUGUUAAGGGUGCAAGGUUUGAAAUGAACUUAACCGGACUUGUUGCCCGAGUGUUUCAGCACGAAUACGAUCAUUUGCAGGGAGUCCUUUUCUUCGAUAGGAUGGGCGACGAAGUUCUUGAGACUAUUCGUGCACAGUUACAGGCAUUAGAAAAGGAAUACGAGAAAAGAACUGGAUUGGAGAGCCCCGAGAAGAUUGAAGCAAGAGAAAUAAGGAAGAAAGCUGUUGGGUUUGGAAAAUCAUGAUCACAAAAUCUUGGUGUUGAUAAUUUACUUUUAGGGGUGAAUGAUUGAGUAAAUUUUUAGUUUACUACUAUUCAAUUCUUAUAACUACAAAGAUCAUUGAGGAUCUGUAAAUCAAUGGAUUGGGGAAUUCAUACUC